CAUGGAAGACCCCCAAAAGAGGCUGCAGAUUCUUGGUGGACAGCUCUCAUAUCCCUUCCAGGGAAAAUGAUGAAAAAUGUCUUCAGAAAAAUAGCUUUAUGAAGGCAAGAGGACUUUUUGCACCUGCAAGACAUGUCUGAAAGCUCCUCAGGUCAAAACACAAGUAGUCAAGAGAUUUGUCCAUCUAAUUCAUCAUACUACUCUGAUCCAAGUGAGACCCACACUGGGUCAGCUCCAUCAAGGAGAAGAACAUUCCACCCAUGUUUGGAUUCUGGAAUAUCAUCCUUGCUUCCAUCAGAUUCUUGUAAGUACCUCACUUGGCACAAGGUAGAACAACAUGAUGUUCAAGGAAGUCAACUGCGUUGCCCAAGAGUAAGAGAAGGACCCUCUGAAGAAGAGCAACUUUUCAGACAGGUAGAGUGUGCCUUGCUCCCAAGGAAAAGAGUUCUUGAAAAAAACAAAUGGGAAACAUGGCUACAAGAAAACUGGGAAGACUGCAAGAAUUCGAACAUUUCAUUUCAGGAUUUGGGGGAUCCUUACCAAGUUGAAAAUUUUAACAGAAUUCUUAGAAGACUAAUUCGAGUUGAAACCCUCUGGUUAGUGGAUAAUUCACUGGUGGACUUAAGUGCCAUAAGAUUGCCAAGCUGCAGAAUUUUAAAUAUGAGCAAAAACCAUCUCACAUCUUUCAAACAGUUACCAAAGAUACCUCAGAUACAGCAUUUAUCCUUGGCCGAAAACCACAUUGAGACUCUUACUGGAUUCUCCAGUUUACGGUGCACUCCACUGGAAUCCCUUAUUCUCAAGAGGAACCCUUAUCCACCAAUAAGAAGACAGCACAAUUCAAAAGAGAAAGGACUUAAUGACAGAACUAAUAAUCAUACCAGAAGAUGUACAGCGUUGGAGAAUGCAGGGAUUUUUAUCAACAAUCAAACUAUAUUUGUGGAAAUUUUGUACAUAAGUGCCAAAGAUGGCUGACAUCGGACCACAUUCUAUUUAACUCAACUGAAUGACACCAAGCUCUCAUCCUAAAACUUAUAGUUACAUCCACCCUUCUGAAAUAGUUAAUUA